CAUGACUGCGGUAGGUCCACCAGACCCGUGGGGGGCGGAGAAAUGGCCGUCCACCUAGGGCGUCAGAAACCCUGGCCACUCCUGGCUGGGGAGCUCCUGCCUGGCAACUCCCCAUGCUAUGGGCCCUGUGCAAGGCUAAACCAGGAGUGGAGGCCUGACCCUACUUCCAUGGGUAAACAGCCAAGAGUUUUACUAAUUAAGUCACCAGAUCCUCUGAGAUCCAGGCAGCUCCCCAGCACAGACAAAAUCAUCAUCAAGCGGCUGGUGCUCAGUGGUCACCCUUUCAAGAUCUUCAGCAAGAUGGCUGUAGUGCGAUACAUGUUCUUUAACAGAGAGGAUGUUCUGUGGUUUAAGCUGGUGGAGCUGAGGACCAAGUGGGGCCGCAGAGGACACAUCACAGAGCCGCUAGGGACUCAUGGUCACAUGAAGUGUCAUUUUGAUAGGCAGCUGAAAUCCCAGGACACAGUGCUGCUGAAUCUGCACAAGCGCGUCUUCCCUAAAUGGACUUAUGACCCGCAUGUGCCGGAGCCGGUACCGUGGGUGAGAAACGAACAGCAGCUCUCCGUGCAGGAGGUGGAGAUGGAAUAACCCUCCAGGCCUAUGGUCUGCUGUGGUUCGCACCUCCUGGACCCCACAUGAUUGCUCGGCUGUUCCAAGCCUCGUGAAAAGUAGGGAGAACUGCCCUGGACUUGUUAGUGUGGUGCCUUUCCUGGGGUUUGUGUCCAGCAUUCACGCUGGCUGCAGCAGCAUUAGAUCUGGCUCACAACUGCCUUUUGCCUUGGCAUCCAAUGUCAGUUUAUUUCAAUGGUAAAUAUAUCUGGUUUGUUCUUGGACAAAUUAAGACCAGGAAAAAUGGCUACAUUUAUCAAAAUUUUGUUACAAAUACAAAGAUACAUAGUAGGAUUAGUGCUGUCUCCUUUGCUCAUUACAGCACAAAAACAUGAGAACAGGGGCACAGUUACCAAAUAUGUUUAUUAACUACAUAAAAACAUAUUCUAAGACCUAGCUUAAUGUAUAUUGCUGCUCUGACAGCUUCUAAAACACUGAUCGCUGCUGGAGGGCUCUCAAACUAUUUAGGAUUACUACCUUAUUCCAACAGACUACAAUUAGUUGAAGCAGUCUUUACUGGUAUGACAUUUGUACAGUAGCAAUGUGGCUUGGUGUACUAUCCUUUUCAAGGAAUUUGGAGAACUCUUCAUAUGUAGCUGGAAUACCUUCACUUCCUUAUUAAUUGCAGAAUUCUAUCACAGAAAUGCCAACCAUUAGUUUGACCAAGUUUGUGGAAAUAUAUAAAAUGAUUCCCAGAGUUGUAUGUUAUCCAACAACUUUGUACCUUUUAAUAAACACUUACAUUUAUGAAAAUAAAGUUGAUAACCUAUUAAAUUAUUCAAUUUGACCCAUUUUAAAUACCAGGGAAUAAAAAUUGAUUUUAACUGCCUUAAAAUUUAAAUUAAAUGGAUAUUUCUUUUACAAAACAAAGCCUAUUUAAAAUUUGAUAAUCUAUGUUAAGGCAUAGACUUACUAUAAUCUAUCAAAAUAAUUUAAAUUACAUGAAAAAAUAUUAAGCUGAACAUAUUUGCUGCUAAGUAUCAGAGGGGUAGCCGUGUUAGU